CCGUGGGGAAAUGGCUGCUGUUGCUCCUUGUGGGCCGGAGGCAGAGAAUGAGACUAAUAGGGAUGCCAAAGGAAAAAUAUGAUCCUCCAGAUCCUCGCCGAAUUUAUACCAUCAUGUCAGCAGAGGAGGUAGCCAAUGGGAAAAAAUCUCACUGGGCAGAAUUAGAAAUUUCAGGUAGAGUGCGGAGCUUAAGUACAUCACUUUGGUCAUUGACACACUUGACAGCGCUGCACCUAAAUGACAAUUACCUUAGUCGCAUUCCACCUGAUAUUGCCAAGCUUCAUAAUCUGGUUUACCUGGAUCUGUCAUCCAAUAAACUCAGAAGUUUACCAGCAGAACUAGGAAACAUGGUGUCUCUCAGGGAAUUGCUUUUAAAUAACAAUCUGUUACGGGUUUUGCCUCAUGAACUUGGUCGGCUCUUCCAGCUACAAACUCUAGGUUUGAAAGGCAAUCCUUUAUCACAGGAUAUUCUCAACUUGUACCAGGACCCAGAUGGAACCCGAAAGCUACUGAACUUCAUGCUUGACAAUCUAGCAGUUCAUCCAGAGCAGCUUCCUCCGAGGCCAUGGAUUACAUUAAAAGAACGAGACCAAAUUCUACCAUCAGCAUCAUUCACGGUUAUGUGUUACAAUGUGUUAUGUGAUAAAUACGCCACCCGGCAGCUAUAUGGCUAUUGCCCCUCCUGGGCAUUAAACUGGGAAUACAGGAAAAAGGGAAUUAUGGAAGAAAUUGUUAACUGUGACGCAGAUAUCAUUAGUCUUCAGGAAGUGGAAACAGAGCAAUACUUCACUCUCUUUCUGCCAGCAUUGAAGGAGCGUGGAUAUGAUGGAUUUUUUUCUCCAAAGUCACGUGCCAAAAUCAUGUCUGAGCAGGAGAGAAAGCAUGUGGAUGGUUGUGCAAUAUUCUUCAAAACAGAAAAAUUUACAUUGGUGCAAAAGCAUACAGUGGAAUUUAACCAAGUGGCAAUGGUUAAUUCAGAUGGAUCCGAAGCUAUGCUAAACAGAGUGAUGACAAAAGAUAACAUUGGUGUUGCUGUGGUAUUAGAGGUCCACAAGGAACUAUUUGGAGCAGGUAUGAAGCCAAUUCAUGCUGCAGACAAACAGCUGCUUAUUGUGGCAAAUGCCCACAUGCAUUGGGACCCAGAGUAUUCUGAUGUGAAACUCAUCCAGAACAUGAUGUUUGUCUCAGAGGUUAAAAACAUUCUGGAGAAAGCUUCUAGUAGGCCUGCCAGCCCAACCACAGAUCCUAAUUCUAUCCCGCUGGUGCUAUGUGCAGAUCUUAACUCAUUGCCAGAUUAAGGUGUUGUGGAAUAUUUAAGCAAUGGAGGAGUAGCUGACAACCAUAAAGACUUCAAGGAACUAAGGUACAAUUAGUGUCUUAUGAACUUCAGCUGCAAUGGAAAGAAUGGAAGCUCAGAAGGGAGAAUCACACAUGGCUUCCAACUUAAGAGCGCCUAUGAAAAUAACUUGAUGCCUUACACCAA